AUGAGUGGAUGUGCUAGAAGCAAGUUAGCUAGUGAUCUGAGCAAGUCUAUUAUUUGUGAAUUACCAAUUGACAUACUACAUAAAAUACUAGAGCUCGUGCCCAUCAAAUAUUCUGCAAGAAGUAGCACCUUAUCGAAGCAAUGGAGACGGUUAUGGUCUACACAACCACACCUUGUGUUUGAUCCCCUUUUUUUUCAGUAUGUGUCUAAUAUUGGCGCUUCUUCUACAACCGUAAUUCAUAAAAUUCUAAUGCAACAUACUGGAAAUGUUCUGGGAUUUCAUCUUAUCUCUGAAACACACAUAUUAUCUCAGUCAGACGUGGAUCAAUGCAUCAUCUUUGUAUCAAAUCAUGGUGUCCAAAAGCUCACUCUAGAUAUGGCCAAUGCUGAAAGAUAUGUGUUGCCUGAUAGCAUAUUUACUUGUGCAACAUUGACACGUUUGAAGCUAUCAAGGUGUAUCUUUAAGCUGCCGAAUGGUACCCAAUUUCCCAAUCUUAUUAGCCUUCAGCUAGAACAGUCUGAAAUUGUCAGUACUAUUCGAUCAAGAAACACUACUCUUAUUCUUCCAAUGCUCGAGACUUUAGAGUUGAAACUUUGUUUUGAUGUUGAUUCUGUUAAAAUGGUUUCUCCAAAACUUGUGAAUUUGUCUCUCCUUAGCAGCUAUACGGUAACAUUUGAGUGUUUUGAUGUGAACCCAAUAUUAAAAAGGAUUAAGCACCUAUGCUUGGAUGGCUCAUCACUUAAGGUGAGAAAAUGA